AUGCUUGAAGAAGAGAGGAAGAAAAGGAAGCAGUUCCAAGACUUGGGCAGGAAAAUGUUGGAAGACCCUCAGGAAUGGGAACGUCGGGAGCGCAAGGAGAGGAUGGAGAGGGAGACCAAUGGGAAUGAGCAUGAGAAAGGGCGGCAGAAGAUCCGGGAGGAGAAGGAUAAGAGCAAGGAGCUGCACGCCAUUAAGGAGUGUUACCUCGGUGGCAUCAAGAAGCGGCGCCGGACAAGGCACCUCAACGACUUUGUCUUUGAGUGGGAUGCAUCUGAGGACACUUCCAUCGACUACAACUCCUUGUACAAAGAACGGCACCAGGGCCUCCGGCUGUGCAUGGGCUGUGAGAUAGUGAUCGCUAUCCCAGGACGUCUGAUCGAUGUGCUAGAGAACCGCUACCUGGUGCUGAGUCGCUGUACCUAUGUGGUUCUGGGCGAGGCAGACAGGAUGAUUGACAUGGGCUUUGAGCCAGACGUCCAGAAGAUCCUGGAGCACAUGCCUGUCAGCAAUCAGAAGCCAGACACAGAUGAAGCCGAGGAUCCUGAGAAGAUGCUGGCCAACUUUGAGUCAGGAAAACACAAGUACCACCAAACAGUCAUGUUCACGGCCACCAUGCCCCCAGCGGUAGGGCAUCUGGCCCGGAACUAUUUUCGGCGACCUGCUAUGGUAUACAUUGGUUCUGCAGGCAAGCCCCAUGAAUGUGUGGAACAGAAAGUCUUCCUCAUGUCAGAGUCUGGAAAGAGGAAAAAGCUGCUGGCAAUCUUGUAG